AUGCUGUCCACCUUCCGAGCCUGGAACACACCUUCCUCGGGAAUGACUUGGGAAGAAAGCUACAUAAUGCUGUUGUGGUUAUCGCAUUUGAUGUUGGCUCCCUUCGAAUUGGCGAAUAUGUCAAUUGAGAAAUUGAAUGUCGUCGAGCCUGACUCGAGUCUUCAACUGGGAAAUCUGCCUGGCAUCGCGGCGGAUGUCGUCCCUCUUGCGAUUGCCCAAAUUGGAAGCUCUGGCAAAGAGCGUCAAGCCGCAAGCACUUUGCUCGUCAGAUUGGUCCUUCGCAAAGACAUGCAAAUGCAUCAUCUACCUGCCAAGAUUGUCGAAUUUGCUGUACAGCAGCUGCUAUUCAACAAUGCACUGGUUGACGUCAGCCCAUAUCGAGCCCUUGGCCUUUUAUCGCUGUUGUACGGCAUCCUGAAUUCUGGUUCGGACAGCGAGACAUCCCCAUUUCUUGAACUAGUGUUCCAAUGUGCGAUGAGGAUUGCCAGCUCUCACAACGGUCAUCAUAAGGCUAUCAGGGAUUUUGCUCCAGCUAGAAAGCUAUUGUUGAAGAUCAUGCGCGUCAUACUUACACAUGGUAUCUCAUUAAGUCAAGGCAACGAGCCAAUGCUUGAAGACGUGCUGAACCUGAUGUUAGAAGAGGCAAUCCAGUACUUUAUAGAUACACUGAGCGAUAAGGAUGCCCCUGUCAGGAUGGCUGCUGCCAAGGCACUCAGCAUCAUCGCACUGAAGUUGAAUGACGCCAUGUCGGCAGAGGUCAUUGAAGCAGUCCUAAGCUCUCUGCAGGAAAAUGUGCUCUUAGUUGAUUAUAGGACUCAGAAGCUUCUACCUCCCACCGACGGGGUCAGCUCCGCGUCAAGUGGCAUGAAGCGAGACAUCAGUGCUGUGGAUCCUUUGAAGUGGCAUGGGUUAAUGCUGUCCCUCAGCCACUUCCUCUUCCGUCGUUCUCCACCUCCUGUUAUGCUUACCGAUAUCAUUCAUGCCUUGAUCUUAGGUCUGGAGUUCGAACAAAGGUCAUUUAUUGGUACUUCAGUCGGAGUCGGAGUUAGAGAUGCUGCUUGUUUUGGUCUCUGGGCCCUGGCGAGAAAUUAUAGUACCUCUGAACUGGACUUAGUGAAGGUUUUCAGCUAUGCCGAAGCAAGAACACUAGGUUUCGGCGACAACCACAGUGUCCUGCAGCUGCUCGCUUGUAAGCUGGCAAUAGCCGCAUGCUCCGAUCCGUCGGGGAAUAUAAGACGAGGCUCAUCAGCCGCACUCCAAGAAUUGAUUGGUCGACAUCCAGACACGAUUGUCAAUGGAAUAGCAAUUGUUCAGACAAUCGAUUAUCAUGCUGUUGCUCGGCUUUCGCGUGCAAUGAUUGAGGUCUCCUGCCAAGCAGCUACGCUCGACCCAUUAUAUCAUCAAGCAUUAUUCCAGGCUUCAACAGAAUGGAGAGGCGCUCGUGCAGUGGACGCUAAUCAGAGACGCUGGGCUGCCACAGUUGUGAAGAUUUUAACGAAAGACAUGGGUACUCAGGACCAGUUAUGCUUCGUUCAUGCUGUUCAACGCCAGCUUCUAGAUCUAAAACCACUCAACACUGGCGUCACGGCGCAAGCCCGCCAUGGAUUACUCCUUGCUUUAUCUUCGGGGAUCGACUCGCUUGCAGAGAACGACCCUGCUACGGGUCUACCGGCAUUCUGGGCUAUAGAUAGCUCAUCUUUUGAGUUUGGAAAAUUCGCGGGCAAAAUAGAUGGUCGACUUUCGAGCGAUAUUGAACUCGUCAUUGAAGGAAUGUCAACCUUGAUUGGGACAGUUGCACGCUUCAUACCGGAGGAUUUUGAGACGCAAAAGCAAUCAUGGAUCCCGUCGGCAUUGGCUAUUCUACUUCAAUGUACAGGGUCAAGUGGGAAGGAUUUCGUUGUGGAGGCUACUUCGAACGCCAAUUUUCAAAUGUUCAAGCACUUGCCAGACAGUGAAAAUGGCCAGAUAUUGAACAGUUGGCUUGACCCUGCCGCACAAUCCCCCGCUUUGUAUACGAGCAGAGGGAGAAUCAGGACACUGGGGUUGGUCCACGGCUAUAUCGCGGCUGGAGGGCGAAAUCCCGAGCUGCUGCACAAAAUCCUUCAAUACUUGCUUGGAGUCAUCCGAGGCGUAUAUAGGAUCGAAACCAGGGUUGACGCUAUGGAGGGCCUUACGAUAGUUGUCUCUGCUAUCAAAAUUUCUACCGCAGAAGAUGCCCUUCUCAUCAAGGAUGCGAUAACAACAGGCUUGAUUGAUUACACAAAUGAUCAGAGAGGGGACAUUGGUUCGACUUUGAGAGUACAAACCAUAGAAGCGGUCGAUUCUUUCCGCAACAAUCCACAUACAACACGAGAAAAGAAAGAGGUUCUGGAAGCAGUCAUGCCGAUCGUCGUGAAACUUGCAUCUGAAAAGUUGAGUAGUGUCCGCUUUCGGGCAUGGAAGUGCGUCGAGGCAUCCCUGUUGAACACUUCUGUCUUCGACAAUAACGAGACCUUUGAGUAUUUGACUGAAGUCACGACGGUGAAAUACUUUCAAAAUCUACUUCAGCUACUCCGUCUCGACUCGAUUAGAGAAUCGCUGGUUCUUGGUCUCAUCUCCUCCGCCACGGCAGGUACCGAGGAUAUUUGUCGAGCUGCGAGCAAUGCGUUUGUUGCGCAUUUGCAGAGUCUACCACUAGUAUCACGACAGACUCUAGUACGCCAGAUAUCGACGCUGGUUCUAGAACAGCUAGGUUCAAAGAUCCAAGAAGAUGACAGGGCCGUUCUGCCCCUGCUCGGGUUCAUGUGCUUCCUCAUCGACCAGGAUGCAUUCGCGCAAGAGCUACUGGCACCAGUUGGCCCGUAUGACAUCCUGAUAACUUUAACCAAACUGCAAACGCCCACCUCUUCACUUCCAAGGUUCGAAGGUCUGCUGAAUUUGUAUUCGCGUCUUCUGAGCCUCUUCCCGGCUGCAUCGAGCCAGCAUGUGCAAUGCCUCGACAAACUUACGCGACAACUCCUUCACCGUUGGCCAAGGGUUCGCAACAUGGCGGCAGACCUUCUACACCUACACAAACCGAGCGAGAUACUAGUAUCGUGUAAUUGGAACGGAACUCUAGCGGCGAAUAAAGCAGCAGUAUUGGAGUUGAGAAAGGCUCUAGGAGUUACGGGGAAGGCGGUGGCCGCAAAUGGAUAA